AUGGCGAACUCAGCCAAGGCCAAGCGCUUAAUGGACACCAUCACAGAAGCCCAUCGCAUGUCGUACCGAAUAGGUCGCGGCGAACAAGGCGUCUUGACAUUCGAACCAUACAAAUCACACAUCCUUCCACUAUGGCGUUUCCGUACAGUCCCGAUCGCGAAAAAGAGUGCGGAGGAAUUGUGGGAUAAGUUUAAUGAGUUCAAGGAUCAGCGCGACUUUGUUGGAAUGGACAUGACGCGAAAAUUCAUCCAGAUGGGCAUGACGCGUGCUAAGAGAUACGCAAACCACGCGGGCGGGCGGAAGUACGCGAAAGGAACAAAAAAAGAGCUACCAAAGAGCGAGGAACAUCCUGACAAGAAGGAGAAAGAAAGAGCAAGUCUCAUCUUUCGAGGGUAUUGGGAACGGUGCAAGGAGGACGAGGAUUAUCAGGACCUCAAGAGCGACUUUUUGAAACAACAGAAAGAAUUUGAGAAGUCAUAA